AUGUCUCAAGUCCCAGUACCUGCUAACUUGCAUGCAUAUGCGGGGUUCGUUCCGGUGUUUAAUGGCUCAAAUUUCACAGAAUGGAGUGAUCAUGUCAAGUUCAGUCUCGCCAUAAAUGACUUGGAUCGUUGUUUAACUGCCGAGAAACCUGCUGCACUUACUGACACUAGCAGUGCUGAUGACAAAAGAAAUUUUGAUGUUUGGGAAAGGUCGAACAGAUUAAACCUAAUGUUAAUUAGAAUGACAAUUUUUCCAAACAUCAGGACAUCUAUCCCUGUUAUUGAUACUGCUGUAGAAUUGCUCAAAGAAAUUGAUGCACGCUUUCGCGUAGCUGAUAAGUCCUUAGCUGGCACACUAAUGGCAAAACUCACUACCAUGAAAUAUGAUGGUUCAAGGGGUAUGCAGGAGCAUAUUAAAGAAAUAACUAACAUAGUAGCAAAGUUAAAUGCCCUUGAUAUGACUGUGGCGGAGGGUUUCCUUGUUCGUUUUAUUUUGAAUUCCUUGCCUCUUCUGUAUGAUCCAUUCCAAAUAAACUAUAAUUCUCUUAAGGAAAAGUGGAAUGUGAAUGAACUUUCAAAUAUGUUAGUUCAAGAGGAAGCAAGGCUUAAGCAAUAA